AUGACCCCACCUCCCCCCACAACGUCGCUAUCCUUCACGUUGUGGAACGACGACAAGCCCACCACAAUCAUCCUCCUCCACGGCGGCUUCACCUGCCGUCUUGAAUUCGCCCUCAUCCUCCCCCACCUCUCGGACUUCCACCUCCUCGUCCCUGACCUACCACUCCAUUCCGCGUCCCGCCACAUCAAACCAGGCACCACCGACCACUCAGCCCAGCACGUCGCGCAACUCAUCCGUUCACACGCCCACGGCGGCAAGGCGCAUGUUGUCGGUGUUUCAAUGGGCGGGUACGUAGCCCAAUGCCUCGCCUUGGACCAACCCGACCUAGUCCUCUCUCUUUUUGUGACAGGUGCUGCUCCCGCGAGCGGGACACGGUUAUUCAUGGCGCAAUGGCCAGGAUUGACUUACUACACUAUGAAGAUGAUGGUAGGGUGGGUACCGAGUUGGUUGUAUCAAUGGCAGGCUUCGUUGCUUGGGUUGAAGCUGGAUAUUGAGUUGAUAGAGGAUAUGAAGGAGAAUAUCACUUGGGAGGUGGUGCACGAUAUGUUUCCUUGGAUAUUGGAGUUUGGUUUGGAUGAUGUGAGGAGGUUGAAAGUGAGGACUUUGCAUGUUGCGGGAGCUAAAGGGGAUGAUAUUGGUAUGAUGGUUAGGACGGUGGAGGCGUUGAGGAGCAGGAGAACGGACCGAGGGGAUGGGUCGGGAGGGUUUGUGUUGAGGGAGGGGGUGCAUGGGUGGGAUAUGCAAUUUCCGGAGUUGUUUGCGGGAGGGGUGGGGGCUUGGGUUGAGGGGGAGAAGUUGCCUGGGGAGUUUGAGAGGCUUUAG